GUCACACUUUACAUUCUUCAAAGCGUCCGUCUCAGUGCGUUCGUGUUUGAAAGUGGUGGCCGCUGCUAGCUAGCUAGCUACUGCUUUCUGCGUGUAGAGUAAUGUUUAGAAGACUCUUCCAACUGAACUGCCGUCUGUCUCACCUAAUUUUUAGCUAUAACAUCUUCAAAAGCAGUACCUAUUUCCUGGGCAAAAACUUUCCAACUUUACAUAAUUUCUCCUGUCUUCAUUCUCCCUUACAUCUUUCUUAUACAUUUUGCAACCCCUCCCUCCCUUUCUGCUGUUCCCACCAGUAUCUCUACUCUUCGCUUGUUUUCUCCUCUCACACCUCUUUGAAGCUUUAUUCUUGGACCACUCAGUCUAACCAGUCUGCUGUUACCAUGGAUUUAAAGGGAGUUCUUGAAAUUCUUGAGCUGCUUGCUCCCCUUUCAUUGGCUGAAUCAUGGGACAACGUCGGCCUGUUGGUGGAACCCAGCAAAUCGGGUCCAAUCAAAACAAUCCUGCUCACUAAUGAUCUCACACCUGCUGUUAUGGAUGAGGCAGAAGUGAUCAAAUGUGACCUCAUAAUUUCAUACCAUCCACCUCUGUUUCGACCAUUCAAACGGCUGGUUCAGAAAGACUGGAAACAGCAGUUGGCUGUCAGAGCAGUAGAAGGUGGCAUUGCAGUUUUCUCACCACACACAUCAUGGGACAGUGUCAGAGGUGGACUCAAUGAUUGGCUGGUAGGAGGAGUAGGUAGUGGACAGGUGUUGGUGUUGAGCCAGGCUCUCUCAAGCGCCCCACAAAGACAUAGAUUAGACUUCACUGCCAAGAAUCAAGAUGAGCUCAACAAUAUCUUGAUGCUACUGAGAGAGACCGAAAACAGUGAAACAUUUCAGUAUAGCAUUCUUAGAAAUGAAGAGGGUGGCCAGAGAGUGAUCCUGACCUGUCCCAGCUCGGCUCUGACACCUGUUGUUCAGACUGUGUUAGGGAAUGCCACAGCCAGCCAGUCCCUCAGCAUCACUCAAGUCCAGCAGCCUCCUCUCCUAGGCUGUGGCCAGGGGCGUCACAGUGUUUUGCAUGAGCCAGUGUCCUUGGCUAUGGCGGUCCAGAGAAUGAAGAUGCACCUUGGUCUGCGUCAUCUCCGACUGGCUUUGGGAGAUCAGAAAACAUUAGAUUCUGUAGUAAAGAGUGUGGCCGUGUGUGCUGGUUCAGGAGCUUCUGUCCUGCAGGGGGUGAAUGCAGAUCUCUACAUCACAGGGGAGAUGUCCCAUCAUGAGGUCCUAGAUGCUGUUGCUAGGGGCACGAGUGUCAUUUUGUGUGACCAUAGCAACAGUGAGAGGGGUUUCCUGACUGUAUUUAAGGAAAGACUGGCUGCACAUCUACCAGACUCUGUUACCAUAGCAAUCUCCAAAAGAGACAGAGACCCAUUGGAGGUGGUGUGACCCGCACAUUUUCAGUUAUGCUCUUAGACUGAUGUAUGAUAACAAAAUGUAUGAUCACACCUUAUGAUGUCUGAUUCAUGGAACCUCAAUGUUAUUUAAAAUUAAUAAAUAAAAUUACUCUGCAUGGGA